CUUCAAAUUACAGGCCUAUCAGUCUCACCAGCACUUUAAUUAAGACACUGGAAAGAAUCAUCAAGAAAAGCAUAAUGGCAUAUCUAGAAAAUAGAAGCUUAUUAUCAAGAGCACAGCAUGGCUUCCGAAGGAACCUCUCAUGCCUGUCAAAUCUUCUCACUGCAAGAGAAAGCUGGGUCAAAUCCAGGGACAACAGAAGACCCGUUGACGUCGUCUUCAUAGACUUCAGCAAAGCCUUUGAUAAAGUACCUCACAAAAGACUACUCAUGAAGUUGGAAAGUCUUGGUAUCAAAGGCAGCUUACUAAACUGGCUCAGGGAAUUCCUCAUAGAUAGGAGGCAGAGGGUUAGGAUCAACUCGAAACUCUCCUCUUGGACAGCAGUACGCAGCGGAGUGCCACAAGGCACGGUACUCGGACCUCUCCUAUUUAUUUUGUAUAUCAAUGAGUUAUCUCUGCUCACCGACUCCCCUAUGGUCCUAUACGCAGAUGACUUAAAAAUUUGGAGAGAGCUGAAGGGCAACAGUGACACGUCCACGUUGCAAGAGGACCUCAACAAAUUGUCAGAGUGGUCCAUAGAAUGGAUGCUCCCGAUAAAUGUGGCAAAAUGUGCAACCAUGCGCAUUGGACAAGCAAGCACGAGCUCUUAUGAACUAGAGGGAAUUACACUUCCAUCAGUUCAGACUCACUUGGACUUAGGUGUCAUAGUUAGCCACGACUUAAAAACUACAGCACACUGUCGCGCGGUGGCUGCACGUAGUUUCAGGUCAUUAUGGGCAAUUCGUAGAGCCUUCACUAGAAUCACCAGAGAUAUGUUCACCUCCUUAUAUACAUCUCUGGUGAGGUCAAGACUGGAAAACUGCAUCCAGGCCGCCAGCCCUUGUCUAAAAGGGGACUCACUUAUUCUAGAAAGGGUUCAAAGGAAAGCAACACGUAUGAUUCAUGGCAUGACUAACUUAUCAUACGAGGAAAGACUAGACAGUUUAAAUCUCUUCUCCUUGUCAUACCGUAGGCAGAGAGGAGAUUUAAUCACAAUGUUUAAAAUUUUAAAUAAUGACUACGGACCUGACCUAUUUUCUCUUUUCCUUCCCACCAGGUCGGAACACCUUAGAGGACAUAGCAGGAGAGUUCAAAAGCCAAGAAGAAAUCAUAUUGCUGUUGAGUACUGGUUCUCACACCGAGUCAUAAACUCUUGGAACCGACUCCCAGAAGAAGUGGUGUCUGCAACCUCAGCUGAUUCGUUCAAGAAGGGUUUGGACAACCACAGAAAUUUACUAGAAAAGGAUUAACAUAGGCUCCAAGCCUUCUAUCC